UCCUCCAUGGAAAUGUGUCAAUAAUUUAUAGGGACAGUGCAGUGAAAACGUGAAUCAAAAUGCAUCUUAAAAGUGUAUCCAUUGCCGUUGCAGUGACUCUUACCUUAGUGAUUGGUUCUCAUGGAGCGAUCGAUGGAUCUGAUCCAAACGCAAUUAUUGAUGCUGUUAAAAAUGUGCCAAAUAACACAGAACGAGUUGGAAGGACCUUGCAUAAGGAGUGCAACAGUUUACUGAACUCAAAAUGUUUGAAGAUACAUGCUUUGUCCUUUUUGGAGGACUUAAGCUCUCGCGAUGAGCUGAACCUUCUGCCUGGAUUGAGCAUUGUGAAGGAGAAUCAGACAGCGAACACUCCUAGUCCUGAGGAGAUGGCUGCUGAGUUGUCUCGCCAGUUUCCUGGGAAAUCAGAGGAGAAGCUGAACCGAUUCCUCUUGUAUCGUCUUCAAGAUUACUUGGAUGGUCAUUCUCUGAGGUACCGUCUGUUGGAUCCUCAGACCACGAAGGAGGCUUUGGAUAUGGCAAAGGGCGAUAAGGAGUCUGUUGGAAGGAAGUCUGGCGGUGGAGGUGGUGGACUUGGAGGUGGCAAGGGAGGCGGCGGUGGCGCUCUCUUGGCUGCAGCGUUGAUGAUGAAAGGUACCUUAGCAGCAGCAGCGUUAGGAGCACUAGCAUUGUUAGCUGGCAAGGCUCUAAUGACAGCACUGAUGUCUCUUCUACUAUCAGCCCUCGUAGGCCUCAAGGGUCAUGGUGAGCACAAGUCCACCACAUACGAGAUCAUCACUAAGCCUGAAGUUUCCCAUCACCACUCCCAUAGCCACGAGGAACACCAUGAGCAUGAACAUGGUCAUCAUGGUGGUUAUAGAAGAGCCUAUGACAUGAACUACAAUAGUUAUAUGCCUUAUGAUACUACUACCAGUUAAUUAAUAAAAUUUGAGGAUAUUUGCUUGAGACGUUUUUGGUUAUGUUUCAUGGAAUUUUGAUUCUUAUUUGCAUUUGAGUUUUGUUUGAGGAUCGUUGAUUUCAUGUUGAUGGUUUAGGGUUAUAAUGGGCUAUCAAAGUUAGGCCUUUCCUAUGAAGGUCUGUAGUAUAAAUAUCUGAACUCUUUUGACCAUCAAACAUGAAGUAAGAUGAAGCGACUAUUUAUUUUGUAGCUUAAUUUAUUGGAAUGAUUUCAUAAUCAUAAAAUGUAGUGUUAGGAUUAUUUAUUUAUUUAAUAAUUUUAGGUUUAGUCUUCCAUCGUUGUUUUCAAAUAAUUAAUUUAUUGCAGCUUCAUUGUUAGGCGUGUUAAAGAUUCUCAUUAUCUCUUAUUUAUUUA